UUGGCCUAGCUGUUGAAAGAAAGAGAGAUGGGAGAAGAAAACAAAGUGAUACUUCAUGGAAUGUGGGCUAGCCCUUUCUCUAAGAGGGUGGAAUUGGCCCUCAGGCUUAAAGGAGUGCGCUUUGAGUAUGUGGAAGAAGAUUUGGGGAAUAAAACCCCACAGCUCCUCCAGUACAAUCCUGUUUACAAGAAGGUUCCGGUUCUUGUUCAUAAUGGAAAGCCAAUUGCUGAAUCUCUCGUCAUCCUGGAAUAUAUUGAUGAAACCUGGAAGAAUAGCCCUCAACUCCUUCCUGUGGAUCCAUAUAAAAGAGCCAAAGUUCGCUUCUGGACAAGCUUUAUCGAACAACAGCUGUUUAAGACUAUGAUCACAGUGAUUAAAACUGAUGGAGAAGCACAAGAGAAAGUCAUCAAGGAAGAGUUAGAGAAAUUAGAGGUGCUAGAAGAGGGAAUGAAAGAGUUUUUUCCAGAUGGGAGUCCUUCCAUUGAUAGUGAGAAUGUGGGACUCCUUGACCUUGUAUUCUGUUCGUCGGUUGGACUCGAAGAAAUUCGAAAAGAAGUACUCGGCAUACAGAUUAUAGAUCCAGAAAAGACUCCAUUGAUAUUUUCCUGGUUAAAAGCUAUAAACCAGCUGCCGGUGGUGAAAGAGCACACUCCUCCUCAUGACAAGUUGGUGGCAUUUCUUAAAUUCAUCAGAGAGAAUGCUCUCAACUCUUCUUCAACUUAGUAUGAUUGACGGUUUGCCUUUUAGGCCCUGAUACGUGUGUUUAGCCACCCUUCCUCUAGCUUCUUUUCCAGAGAGCUUUCACCCCUACAUGUGCACUAAAAUCUUGGUUUCAAUAAUAAAUUUUGUUAAGAAGGACAAACAAAAUAAUCUACUUCUCUAACGAAGCCACAGAUGGCCGGUUGUUCGAUUAACAUAAUUCAGAGACACGACAAGGCUUU